GGGGCAGCCUGGAGUGGGGGAACAGAGAUGAGCAGCGACUCGGACCACCAGUGCCCUGUAGACGGAGCUACUGAUCACCAAGAGAUGAUUCCAAAUAAGAAGAAUGCUGUUCUUGUGGAUGGGGUUGUGCUGAAUGGCCCUACAACAGAUGGAAAAGCUGGAGAAAAAUUUGUUGAAGAGGCCUGUAGGCUAAUAAUGGAAGAGGUGGUUUUGAAAGCUACAGAUGUCAAUGAGAAGGUAUGUGAAUGGAGGCCUCCUGAACAACUGAAACAGCUUCUUGAUUUGGAGAUGAGAGACUCAGGCGAGCCACCCCAUAGACUAUUGGAACUCUGUCGGGAUGUCAUACGCUACAGCGUCAAAACUAACCACCCAAGAUUUUUCAACCAAUUGUAUGCUGGACUUGAUUACUACUCCUUGGUGGCCCGAUUUAUGACUGAAGCAUUGAAUCCAAGUGUUUAUACGUAUGAGGUGUCCCCAGUGUUUCUGUUAGUGGAAGAAGCGGUUCUGAAGAAAAUGAUUGAAUUUAUUGGCUGGAAAGAAGGGGAUGGAAUAUUUAACCCAGGUGGCUCAGUGUCCAAUAUGUAUGCAAUGAAUUUAGCUAGAUACAAAUAUUGUCCUGAUAUUAAGGAAAAGGGGCUGUCUGGUUCACCAAGAUUAAUCCUUUUCACGUCUGCAGAGUGUCAUUACUCCAUGAAGAAGGCAGCCUCUUUUCUUGGGAUUGGCACUGAGAAUGUUUGCUUUGUGGAAACAGAUGGAAGAGGUAAAAUGAUACCGGAGGAACUGGAGAAGCAAGUCUGGCAGGCCAGAAAAGAGGGGGCAGCACCGUUUCUUGUCUGUGCCACUUCUGGUACAACUGUGUUGGGAGCUUUUGACCCUCUGGAUGAAAUAGCAGACAUCUGUGAGAGGCACGGCCUCUGGCUUCAUGUAGAUGCUUCUUGGGGUGGCUCAGCUUUGAUGUCGAGGAAGCACCGCAAGCUUCUGCAUGGCAUCCACAGGGCUGACUCUGUGGCCUGGAAUCCACACAAGAUGCUGAUGGCUGGGAUCCAGUGCUGUGCUCUCCUUGUGAAAGACAAAUCUGAUCUUCUUAAAAAAUGCUACUGUGCCAAGGCAUCUUACCUCUUCCAGCAGGAUAAAUUCUAUGAUGUGAGCUAUGACACAGGAGACAAGUCUAUCCAAUGUAGCAGAAGACCAGAUGCAUUCAAGUUCUGGAUGACCUGGAAGGCCCUGGGUACAUCAGGCCUUGAAGAAAGAGUUAAUCGUGCUCUUGCUUUAUCUAGGUACCUAGUAGACGAAAUCAAGAAAAGAGAAGGAUUCAAGUUACUGCUGGAACCUGAAUAUGCCAAUAUUUGCUUUUGGUACAUUCCACCGAGCCUCAGAGAGAUGGAAGAAGGGCCUGAGUUCUGGGCAAAACUUAAUUUGGUGGCCCCAGCCAUUAAGGAGAGGAUGAUGAAGAAGGGAAGCUUGAUGCUGGGCUACCAGCCGCACCGGGGAAAGGUCAACUUCUUCCGCCAGGUGGUGAUCAGCCCUCAAGUGAGCCGGGAGGACAUGGACUUCCUCCUGGAUGAGAUAGACUUACUGGGUAAAGACAUGUAGCUGUGGCUUUGGUCCCCCAGAGGCAUAAAUGCUGUCCUGGGAGAGUUUAGAUUCAGAACAUCUUGGGGAUACACAGUAGAUUUCAGCCCUUCUGAUAAGGAAUAGGAAAUACUCCCAAGUCCAGGCCCAACAAAACCAAAAUGCUAAGCAAUGAAUAUUAAGGACUCUCUAGCUGCCUGGGCAUUACUGUUGCUAAAACAAGAAAGUUAAAAAAAAAAAAAAAUGAUUUUCUCAAGGAAUGCCCCUGGAACACAGCUCUGAUAGUAAGUACUAUCUAGGUUCUGGAUUCGAAGCUUACAUUGCUCUUUAAAGAACUUAUAAACUAACAGUUUAAAGCAGUGGUUCUCAAAGUGUGGUCUCUGGACUAUCAGCAUCAAAGCAUCACCUGGGAACUUGUUAAAAAUGCAGAUUCUCAGGCUUUCCCCAGACCAACUGGAUCAGAAGCUCUGGUGGUAAGGCCCAGUAUUCUAGGUUUUAACAAGCUCUUCAGGGAAUUCUGAUGCACAGUAAAAUCUGAGAAACACUGGUUUAAGAAAAACCUUGUAAUGAUCGAAUACUCACUCUGAUGUUUUGCCAGCAAAGGGAGAGCUAAUGUUUCAGAAGCCUCUGAGCCAGUCUUUGACAUAAUACAACUAUGGCAUCUGUAGCACAAAGAUUUAAAGACAUCAGAAGCAUGUCAAAGCUGUUUCUAAAGAGAGAAACUGUGUAACAUGUUUACUUCAUAGAGAUGUAUGUUUUAUGCAGGCUGAACGUUUAUCUCAAAAGUUAAAAUUAUCCAUUCUGUUUUUUCUCAGUUAGAAAUUAGAAUAAAAGGUAAACACUUUGUAGUAUGGCCCUUUCAAUCAAUGAGCAAUAGUCCUAACUCACUUCCCAAAAUCAUUUGUGUCAUUAGCCAGGGAUGGACUAUAUAUAUAUUCAUAUAUAUAUAUUCAAAGCACAAUAAUUGAAAGCACAAUUGACAGAAAAAUACAGGUUCUAUUAAUAAAUAAACUGUUAGUCUUCAAAAUAGAAAUGCACAUAAUAUUCAUAUUAGUUUUUUCUUAGUAGACAACUGGAAGGUUUUCUUUUUUUUUUUUUCAUCUAUGACUAAUUUUCUUUAUUCAAGAUACCUGAACUGGGGUGCUUUUUAAGAAAAAUUUGGGAACAAAUUUGGGACAUAUAUAUAUAUGUUUCUGUGAUAUAUAUACAUAUAUAUACACAUACAUAUGUGUGUGGAUAUAUAUACAUAUAUGUUUCUGUGUUCCUCUUUUAGUUUGAGGGGCUUGUUUCUUAUCUUGCUCUGUGCCUCAUAGGGAAUAAACACAAGGAAGUCCACGGUUGUACAACAUUCCCUUUCCUAAGAUUUGAAAUGUCAGCAUAGAUUAUUAAGUGGUUUAUAUUAGAGAAUCUGGGAAUCAGCAGCCUUUCAGUGGAAAUACUUCCUCCAUUUACCCUGAUAGUGGGUGAUUUUAACUCUAUCUCUGACAGUGGUCCUAGAUUUCUAGGAAAGUUUUAUUUAAGAAAUUGAUGGAAUUCAUAGGUGUGGGUGUAGAGUUCAACAAAGUAAGAUUAUGAAUAUAAUAAAGCUCUGCAUUAAAAGGUGAGUGAUUGAAGAGUGUUAAAGUAUUAGACUUAGCAUAUUCAGUAACCUUUUCACACUCCAUUAUUAACUAAUGUCAUUUAAAUUUUGAGUACUAUUUGCUUUUCUUGCUUAUUUUCAUUUUAGUGUGCAGUUUCUCGGUAUCUCUAUUGGUCAAAGAAUAUUAAAUCUUUCUCUGAAUUACUUCAAAUUCUCAGGUGAAACCUAUUUGUGUGUGUGUGUAUUUAUUUUGCAUUUCUUGUUGCCUUUUUGUUUUAAUGUCUACAUAAAAUAUUCCUAAAAUUGAUGUUUGUAACAAUUCGGGUUUCAUGAAACAGAAAGGAACAUUACUAUACUUAGCGCUGUUGACUUUUCUUCCUGUCAUCUCCUCCUUACUGGAUUGUACCAACACGUUUUAGAAGUGAACUGGACUUGGUUGGCAUUUUAGCUUUAAUGACUGAAAAAGUAGGUUGAAAGCUCUCUGUAUUUAACACCUUGAAUAAAAUGGA